AUGCCUGUCCUCGUCGAUGGUCACCCCACCCAGUGUUUGCUUGAUACCGGGUCGCAAGUCACUUGUGUGACAGAGACGUUUCACACCCGUAAUUUACCACACCGCCAGCUUCAUCCCCUAUCGCAGCUCACAGUGAUAGGCGCAGCAGGACAUCCGGUGCCGUACAAGGGUUAUGUCGAGAUAAGCCUCAAAUUUCCAGUUGACUCCACCGGAAGUGAACAGGAGGUUACGACCCUUGCCCUUGUAUGCCCUGACCGCCAGGGGAGCAACGACACUCCCCUGAUCGUUGGCACCAACACCAGCGUGGUACGAAGGUUGUUACGGGCUUGUGAACAGAAAGGUGGGCGAAAUGUCCUGAACAAACUCUCCGUUAAUUCUGCUUGGCAGAGAAUCUACAAAGACUGUGCUGCAAGUUCCUCUGCUGUUUUAAGCCCCGUCAGGUUGAUGAGGGCCAUUUCCAUCAAGCCUGGUGGGAGAGUUCAAGUUACUGGAAUGGUAAAUAAUCGACGCGGAGCCAAGCGAGAAGUUCUUAUUGAGCAGUCGAGUUCGUCACAACUCCCCGAUGCCAUAACGAUAAGCAACAGCUUGGUUUUACUACCUGCUAGGCGAAAAGCUAAGAUGAAAGUCACACUCAGCAAUGUCUCUUGCCACACGGUUGUGGUCCCUGCAAGAUGCGAGCUUGCAUCUGCGUCUGAAAUUGCUGGGGAACUACCUUUUACCUCAGAUGGAUCCCCGCCUAUGUCAACUGACAACCUUGCCAGUAUUGAGUCCCAGUUUGACUUUACCGAUUCUCCCCUCCCGGAAGCAGAGGCCAAGCGAAUCAAACGGUUACUUUGUGUCCGUUCCGAUGUUUUCUCCAGAGAUGAUCUAGACAUAGGCUGUACCAGCUCCGUCAAACAUAAGAUUCGUCUGACAGAUGAGACACCUUUCCGCGAGAAUUGUCGGCGAAUCCCCCCUGCCGAUUAUGCCGACACCCGACAACAUCUGAGGGAUCUGCAGAGCAAAGGUAUCAUUCGCGACACGGAGAGCCAGUUUGCUUCUCCAAUAGUUCUAGUCCGCAAGAAGAAUGGUGACCUCCGCCUCUGCAUUGAUUACCGAAAGCUUAAUAGCCGGACUGUCAAAGACCAGUACAACAUACCAAAGAUAGAGGACAUACUCCAUGCCAUGAAUGGAGCAGCCUGGUUUUCCUGUCUUGAUUUGAAAUCCGGUUAUUACCAGAUAGAAUUGGCGGAGGAAGACAAACACAAAACCGCUUUCUGGUGUCCUCUCGGCUUCUAUGAGUUUAACAGAAUGCCCCAGGGUAUCACCAAUGCACCUGCAACAUUCCAGCGCCUGAUGGAAAGGUGCAUGGGAGAUCUUCUGAAUAAUGAGGUCUUCGUCUACCUUGAUGAUAUUGUUGUCUUCUCUCAGACAAAAGAAGAACAUGAGGCACGACUGAUGCGUGUCUUGGAUCGCCUGCAGCAGUUUGGAUUGAAGCUAAGCCCACCCAAGUACAGCAACCCCCUGACCUAUGUGAUGACAACCGCUAAACUCGAUGCAACAGGGCAUCGGUGGUUGGCUGCCCUGGCCAACUACAACUUUGUCAUCAAGUACAGGCCUGGUCGACAUAACUCAGAUGCAGAUGGCCUUUCAAGACGGCCCCAGCCCAGUCCUCAAGAAGAUUACGAGUCUGAGGAAACAGAAGAAAAGGUAUUCAAACUGUAUGAUCGCCUAAACUACUCUGGCGAUGACGGCAUUUGUUCUUGA